AGAGGCGUGGGAGUGACUCAAAGGUCCCCGGUUCGUCCCCUGCAGAGGAAGUGACUGUUGCCGGUCCCGGCCCGGAGCUCAGUUGACCCGGAGCUCAGUCGAGGCGCGAUGGGGAACCUGCAGGGAGUGCUGCACGAGCCCGCCCGCACCUGUGCCCUCAGCCUCUGCUCCCGGCAACGGGGCUCCGUGCCCGACGACGGCGCCGGCUGCGCCAAGGCCAGCUCUGUGCCCGUCCGCCCCAUUGAGCCCCCGAGAUACUCACGGAUCAAGAACUGGGAAGCGGGUACCAUCGCCUACGACACGCUCAGCGCCCAGGCCACGCAGGAGCUGCCCUGCAGUGGGAAGCGGUGUCUGGGCUCCCUCAUGUUCCCCAAGCAGAUGGUUUGCCAGGCAGACGAGGGGCCCCCACCCAAGGAGAAGCUGCUGCCCCUGGCCCGGGACUUCAUCCACCAGUACUACAGCUCCAUCAAGCGGUUCUCGGUCUUCGGGCUGGGCUCCCGGGCCUACCCCCACUUCUGUGCCUUCGCCCACGCGGUGGACACGCGGCUGGAGGAGCUGGGGGGCGAGCGCAUCCUGGCCAUGGGGGAGGGCGACGAGCUGUGUGCCCAGGAGGAGGCCUUCCGCACCUGGGCCAAACACGUCUUUCAGGCCGCCUGCGAUACCUUCUGCGUUGGGGACGACGCCGAGGAGGCUGCCAGGGAGAUUUUCACCACGCGGCAAAGCUGGAAGCGCCAGAAAUACCAGCUGAGCGUCCGUGACAACCCCCCGGACACACUGACAGGUUUAUCCCACGUGCACAAGCGCAGGGUGUUUCCCUGCCGUGUCCUUUCCGUGCAGAACCUGCAGAGCAAGGAGUCCAGCCGCGCCACCAUCCUGGUGCGCCUGGACACGGCCGGGCAGCCGGAGCUGCAGUACCUGCCCGGGGACCACGUGGGCAUCUUCCCCGCCAACCGCCCGGAGCUGGUGCAGGAGCUGCUGGAGCGCGUGGAGGACCCGCCCCCUGAUGAGGAGCCAGUGGGCGUGGAGUUCCUGGAGACGGCGACCAGUGGCGGGCGCGCCAGCCCCAAAGCCAGCUGGGUGCCCCUCAGCCGCCUGCCACCCUGCACCCUGCGCCAGGCCCUCACCUUCUUCCUGGACAUCACCACCCCGCCCAGCCCCCAGCUCCUGCAGCUGCUGGCCACGCUGGCCGAGGACAGCGCCGAGCGGGAGCAGCUGCAGCGGCUCAGCCAGGACGCCCGGCAAUACGAGGAGUGGAAGUGGUUCCGGUGUCCCACGCUGGGCCAGGUGCUGGAGCAGUUCCCCUCGCUGGUGCUGCCCGCCUCCCUGCUGCUCACCCAGCUGCCUCUGCUGCAACCGCGUUACUACUCGGUCAGCUCCGCGCCCAGCGCCCACCCCGGCCAGAUCCACCUCACCGUGGCCGUGCUGGCCUACCACAGCCAGGAUGGCCAGGGGCCCCUGCACUUCGGCGUCUGUUCCACCUGGCUGGCCCAGCUGCAGGAGGGGGACACGGUGCCCGCCUUCAUCAGAGGGGCCCCGUCCUUCCGGCUCCCGCAGGACCCCAGCGUCCCCUGUAUCCUGGUGGGUCCAGGAACCGGCAUCGCCCCAUUCCGGGGCUUCUGGCAGCAGCGGCUGCACGACAUGGAGACGGAAGGCCUCCGGGUGGGUGAGAUGACCCUGGUGUUUGGCUGCCGCUGCGCCCGCCUCGACCACCUCUACCAGCAGGAGGUGCUGGAGGCCCAGGAGAAGGGGGCGCUGAGCCGGGUGCUGACGGCCUUCUCCAGGGACCCCGACAUCCCCAAGGCCUACGUGCAGGACAUCCUGCGGACGCAGCUGGUGGGCGACGUGUACCAGGUGCUGUGCCAGCGCGGGGGCCACCUCUACGUCUGUGGGGACGUCACCAUGGCUACCGGCGUCCUGCAGACGGUGCAGCAGAUCCUGGCCCAGGAAGGAGGCAUGACGCUGGCCGAGGCCGGAGACUUAAUCAGCGAACUCCGG